AUGGAGGAAGACUACUACGUGCCGGGAAACGAAACCUAUGAAGAGUACGAUGAGAAUCCGAUGCUCACCAAUCCGCUCGUUCAACCGGUGGCAGUGAUCACUGUGGCGAUUUACGUGAUCGCUUUCACAAUUGGCAUCCCAGCGAAUCUUUAUGUGCUGUUUCGAAUGCGGAGAUGUGCUAGAAACGAUGUUGAACGAUAUCGAAAUGGAACCGGGGUCGCGUUGUGCUCGAUGGCGGCGGCUGAUCUUUGCAGCUUGUUGCUGAUUGGUGUUCACAAUGCUCAUGUGAUGAAUCUGGAUGUGGGAGUGAGCCCGAGUAUGGCUCGACCGUUUUGCAAGGGAAUGCUCUUCCUCACCCAUACAAUUACCGGGAUCUCGAUCUGGUCUUGGCUAUUGCUUUCCUCACUUCGCUACCUCGCCAUCUGCCAUCCAUUGUAUCAUCUUCGAAUCUGGCAAAUGCCCUAUCGAGCGUUGGCUUUUAUCAUUUCAAUGUCAACUCUGUUGAAUAUCUGGUUGCUUGUGGCGAUUGAUGCGAGACCGAAUGGAGAGUGUACUCAGGUCCCGAUCAUGAAAAACUCGAUGACGGCCAACCGGGUUUUCCACAUUGUCGAGUGCAUUUGGUCAUUUUGUAUCCCGUGUGCGGUCAUCGUCAUCAUGGAUACUUCUGUUGUGCUUGAAUCAACGUCAUUUCGUUGGUUUCGCGUGAAGAAAGGAGAGUUGAAAAGAAGGAAAAGCGCACUCGAAGAGAUCAUAAAACUCACAAGAUCGAAUUCGGGGAGAAUGAAGGCUCGUCAACAGCGUGCUCUUUGUCGUUGGUUGUUAAUCGCUUUGAUUUGUGUUCUUUUGAACACCCCUGAGAAUACGAUUCGUCUGAUUAGUCUUUUUGGGAUCAUGGAAGGAUUCAACACAAGUCCCUAUUACUUCAUUGCCCGGAUGCUUGCUCAAGUGCUGUAUUUCAGUCAAUUCGCUUUCAAUGCGAUCUACUUAGCGCUUUUUGUGUACGACAAGAGUAGCCGAGCAAAACAUGUACAUGAUGGAAGCAAUUAUAAUUCACAUGCUGCUCUCCCUCAUCCACUGAGAUCUCGUCGUGGGUCCACAUGUUGUGAGAGUCCGCCGUUGGCCCCAAGGACGAGUCCGCCGAUGAUUCCAAACGGGAAACUCUUGCAUCCACAAAUGAGUCUCACAACAAGUCGAUCACUUCUCGAUCCAUUGUUCUCAUCGCCGGAAAUCUCAUCGAGCGAUCUCGCAGAUCUCGCAGAGCGAGAGAUAUCGCAUAAU